CCCUUUAUUAUAAGGUCCGCCCAGGUCGGAAACACGUACUGUCUGUUCAACGUCUCGUCCAUGGUGAUGUCUUUGUGUGUUUAAUAAGAGGUCCUUUUUGUCGUGUAUUUGGUCUGUAUUGUCACAAUGAUUCGCCAGAACAGAGGGAGUAAGAAGUAUCGCUAUGUGGUGAAAGACUCGGAGAAUCAAGGGAGGGAUGCAGGUAGGACGGACGGGACAGGACGGGGUGUCAGGUCCGCUGUCAGCGGCCAGAGGUACGGCACAACUGCGACGCACACGACUCGCUAUGGAUCCGGGGUGUCAGCGACGUCCUACGAGCUUCCACAGAGGAGUCCCGUGUCUGGUACCGUACCGCGGGACAUACGGUACACGGGAGGACGUGGCGCUGCUGCCGGUGGCCUCCCUGGAGCUUCCUCGGUCCCCUCCAUGACAGGAUCGUGGAGAGAUAAACAACAUGGCGUACUGGGGAGGGGGCGGUCACCAGCAACUGGCAUGGCCAGCGGGCAAGGACAUUACAGACUCACAACAACAACUGGAUUAGAUGUGUUUACCACAGCGACAGGCCGGUCUGGAUACCAACCAAGUAGACGUACAGCCUCUCCAAUGAGGACCCCGGCUGACAGCAGGAGAGGUGCCCCACAGGGUGACAGAAUGGAAGGAGACUUCCUUCUUGUUCAGGGGGAGAUGGAAGAAAUGAAGCGGGGAAGAUAUGGAAAUUUCAUCAGGUCUUCUACUCCGGCACACAGAGUUGGCACACCGGAGCAAAAAUACACAACCUCUGCUUAUUCCACCUCGCAUACACCAGGAGUACUGAAGAGAAAAGCAACAGAUGUCCCUCCACAGACCGUUCGUGCUACUGGUAUAACGCGAUCUGGAUUUUCAACUCAACCUGCCGAUGUAGCUCGUGCUACGUUGGACGACAGGCCUAAGGGUUUUCUCUCAGCUCAAGGGCCGCUUGGAACGACAACAAGCAUGACCGAAAGUAUCAGUGAAGGAUAUGUUUUUGUUCCAAGGGUAUCGGAUCAGGAGAGCCAAGCGGAAGUAAGUUCAAGUAUAGAUGACAAGGUGGACGUUGGUGCUAAGGUCAAAGACAAACCUACUAAAGAAGAAGAUGAUAUACAUGACAGAGAUAUUGCUGGUGCUGAGGCCGAAGACAAAACUAGUAAAAAAGACGAUGACGAAGAUGGCAGAGAUAUCGUUGGUGCUAAGGACGAAGGAAAACCUACCCAAACAGAAGAAAUAGGAGAUGACAGAGUUGGCAUUGGAGCCAAGAUCGAAGACAAACCUACUGAAGUAGAAGAAACAAAAGACCCCAGUAGCCCUCAUAAAAGGAGCUGGGACGAAGCCAUUGGGACCGAGGACACUGUUGAAAAGGAAACCCUAGAACCACAGACUCAAGAAGAAAAUAAAGAUAACAGAGAUGUCGUUGAUACUAAAGAAGAAGACAAACCUACCAAAGAAGAAGAAAGUACGGAUGACAGAGAUGUCGUUCUUGCUCAAGACAAACCUUCUGAAGAGGAAGAAACUAAAGAUGACAAAGUUGACGCUGGUGCUAAGGACGAAGACAAACCUAUUGAAGAAGAACAAAGUAAGGACCCAAGCAGUCCUCAUGAAAGAACCUGGGAUGAGGCCAUUGGAACCGGAGACGCUGUUCAAGAGGGAUUACCAGAACCGAAGACUGAAGAAGUCAGCGUAGUUCCAGACGUAAUUCCAUCACAGGCGAAGGCCACCCUCGUCACGCCCCCACCUCCUCAGUCCAAGGUCAAGAUCCGUCGAGCGUCUUCAGAAGAGGCACCAAUGCAUACAGAACUUCCUCCAACAGAAGAGGUGGAGAGCCAAGUCGAACCACCAAAGUCACUGAUAACUAAAGACGUCCUCAAAAGGAAUCAGCAUCAGACCAGAGCCCUGGAGACCGAGGGGGAAGAGGAGACGUGCCAGGCUAUAAGUCCGGUGCCAGAGAAGCCAUCGAUGCCCGAAGAUGAUGUGCAAGUCAAACCAAAAACAAGCAUGGUCCCUGUACUUCAUCCUCCUGAUGUUACAGCUAUUACAACCCCGUCUUCAGGAACAGACUCACCACUACCAACUACAGUCUCCUACCAACAAGAAGAAACCAUUGUAGGACAACAAGCUCAAGUUCACUCCCAAGAUACAAAAGUCACGGCUACGCUUCCUUCGGGCCCACAACCUACCAUGUCUUUUAUAGAAGGAGGAGACGAAGAACUGGUUGAAGAAACUGUCCAGCUCUUUCCUUCAAAAGCUAAGGCGAUAGUUGUCCCCGAGGAUCCCUCCCCCACGAAGGUGAAGGUCACAAGGAAAAGUUCACUGGAAUCAAAACCACUACCAGAGUUUCAAACGGUCGAUAAGUUGGAACGCGAGGUGAAACCACCAGAGCCUUUAAUCAAAACCGACCCUUUGCUAAAGAACCAACAGCAGGUGAGGGUUGGGACUACAGGUGAAGAAGAGGAGACACUUCAGACGUUUGGACCGACCGGAGAGAAACCAGACAGACCGGCGGACGAGGUGCCGUCUAGAGCCCGGGCGAGCCUGGUGGCACCCCCGUCCUGUCCCGAAGUGACGGCCUCGGUCACACCUUCUGCCGGAGAGGGCCAGGAACCAAGUCCACUCGGUGAUGUCAAACAAAUAGGAGAACAACGGUCAAAUGAAGGGGUUGCUCAACCGCCGGUGUUGCCACCAACCGGAGGGCCUCCUACUGGGGACAUCACAGCGGGGAAACAUGGAUCUACUCUUCCGUACCCCUCCUCGGACCAGCCUACCAUGCCUACUGUACCACAACCACCCCAUGUAGGCGUACAGCUACCCCCUCCUCCCGAAGGUCUGAUCUCCUCCCCCUGGCAGUACAACGCGGGGGUCAGCCAGCCUGUGCACGACCCGUCAUAUCCUCCCGGAGCGCCCUGUGCUCCUCACUUGCCUGGUCAGGCGUCCAAUGCCCCGUUCUCGUCUGGUCCAGUGCCCGAUGUCGCUUACCCUCGUAGAAUGGUACCCGAUGCCCCUUACCCGUCUGGACCAGCACCAGAUGCCCCUUACCCACCUGGUCUGGCUUUCCAUGAUCCUUAUCCGCCUGGUUUGGCACCUUCCUCGUCUGGUCCCGUGCCCAAUGCCCCUUACCCGCCUGGACCGGCACUCGAUGCCCCUUACCCACCUGGUCCGGCGCCCAAUGCCCCUUACCCGCCUGGACCGGUUCCUGAUGCCCCUUACCCGUCUGGACCGACGUCCGAUGCCCCUUAUCCACCUGGACCGGCAUCCGAUGCCCCUUAUCCGUCUGGACCGUCGUCUGAUGCCCCUUAUCCGCCUGGACCGUCGUCUGAUCCCCCUUACCCACCUGGACCGGUUCCCGAUGCCCCCUACCCGUUUGGACCGGUGCCCAAUGCCCCUUACCCGCCUGCUUCAGUGCCCGAUGCCCCUUAUCCGCCUGGACCGUCGUCCGAUGCCCCUUGUCAGUCUGGUCCAGCACCGUAUCCCCCAACUUCCACCCCCUCCCCAUCUCCCUUCUACACUCCCCCGGGGGCCGCGUUUCCCUACCCGGGCCAUCCUCCGCAAGGAGUGAGCAGCGGUCAAGAACAGGCUUCUCCCGGCUCGCCAUACCCACCUCCACAUCCAGCAUAUCCACCGAGACAUGAUCCAGUAUUUCCACCACAGCUCCCACAAGGUCCUUACCCUCCUUACCCACCCGUUCAGUCAGCGUAUCCUCCACAACCGUAUCCACCGGCGGGUGACAUGGGCUACCCUCCACCACAGCCCGCAACACAACAUCCUGGACAACCAGCGCAAACGUUUCAAACUGGUCCUGAAAAUAUCUCCGGGGAAGCCCAACCAGACGCUGUGCUCCCUCCGGCUCCUCUACCACCACGUCCUCCCAUUGGUCUUGAUCUGGUUUCAUCCUCUGUGCCAUCUGGAGGACAGCAACCCACUCAGAACGACCUAGCGAUCCGUGAAACAGACAUCCUCUCACCACCGUAUGUAUCAGACCAAAGGCAGCCAUUCGAAGGAAAUGUUCCAGAGUCCAGAGAAUCUACAGAUGAAGUAGAAAAACCGGACGACCGACUGUCAUCUGAAAAGUUAGAGAAACGAAGAGUCAGCUUUGAGACCCAGAACUCGAAAGAUAUCCAACAUUCGGCGCUCAUGUCACCUCAUGACGUAGGAAAACCGGACGGCCGACUGUCAUCUGACAAGUUAGAGAAACGAAGAGUCAGCUUUGAGACCCAGAAGUCGAAAGAUAUCCAACAUUCGGCGCCCAUGUCACCGCCGGAUAAGGCCGUGCUUCCAUGGAGGCCAAUCGAGGAGAAAAUCUCGCCUAGACCGGGCUCAAUACCCAUUCCACUGCCCUGGUCCCCCACACCAUCACCUGAGAAACAGAAAGCGUUCGACUUUGGAGGAGCCCCGAAUGUGCCAAGUGAAUCCGAACAGAUCCCCGCAGAAUUGUCAGAGCACAAAUCUGAAAUUCCCGGACAGCUAGGCCUUUCAAAGGCAGAGGAAGAAUACCAGAGCGGAGAAGUUCCUUCAGGCUUUGACGCCUCCCCUGGCAAAGAAAGGGCACCGGAAUCUAACGUAAAAGAUGACGCGGCGCCGAUGUCACCUCCUGACAAGGCUGUCCUGCCAUGGAGACCAAUUGAGGAGAUCAUCUCGCCAAGACCAGGAUCUAUCGCGAUUCCCUUGCCCUGGACUCCCACACCAUCCCCUGAGAAACAACAGGCGUUUGACUUCGGGGGCGCGUCGAGAAGACACGUAACGGUUCAAGAAGAGACAGUAGAAGAGGAAUGUGACCAAGGCCAGACUAAACAACCAACAACAACCCUAAUAUCUGAUACCGAAAGCGGUACCUUACGCACUUCCUAUACGUUUUCAGACCAGGACAAACCCACCGAACCCGAAAUCACCACAUCAGAAGAGGCACAGGACCAGUCAAUACCCAUGUCACCUUCAGACAAGGGCGUAACACCUACAGAGGAUACGGUAGAACAGGGAAGUGAUCAUCGAAAGAGACUACCAGCAACAAGCUCUGAACAAGCCCCAACAGAGGAGACACAGGGUCGGCUUGAUAAAUCUGAACAAUCAGAAUUCCUAGAGGCGGAUGAAGAGUACGACUAUGGAGCUGUUCCGCUUGGAUAUGGAUCCCAUGACAAGGAUAAAGCACCACAAUCCAGGAUCCCAACUUCAAAAGUUGGGCACAAGCCACAAGAGAAAGAAGAUACAGCCAAAGAUAACACAUCACAGAGACCUGAAGAACUACAACAUUCGGCACCAAUGUCACCACCAGAUAAGGCCGUGCUUCCAUGGAGGCCAAUCGAGGAGAUCAUCUCGCCUAGACAAGGCUCAAUACCCAUUCCGUUGCCCUGGACCCCCACACCAUCACCCGAGAUACAGCAGGCCUUCGACUUCGGACGAGCCCCGAGAAGAGACGUUACAGCCGCUGAAGUAACUGAACAGGAUAGGGAUAUUCAGACGAAACAACCCUCCAAAACGUCGACUUCGCAAACACUCUCGGACCAGAUUGUACCAAGUGAAUCAGAACAGAUCCCCACAGAGGUGUCAGAGGACCAAUCUAAAAUAUCAGGACAACCUGGCUUUACGGAGUUCCAGAGUGGAGUAGUUCCUUCAGGCUAUGACAUCUCCCCUAGCAAGGAAAGGGCUUCGGAAUCCAAAGUAAAAGAUGACACAUCACAGAGUACGGAACAGGACAACAGGGUUCCAUCUUCACCUGAGGUCGAGCCUUUAAGUCCGACAAAGCCGACAAAAAUAGGUUCUAAAGAACAACAUACGGUGCCAACGUCACCACCAAACAAGGCCGUUCUGCCAUGGGAGCCACUCGAAAACAUCCUUUCCCCCAGACCAGGUUCAAUAGCGAUUCCUCUGCCCUGGACCCCCACAGAACCGCAUGAGGGACAAAGGCUGUUCGAGUUUGGGGGAGCAACGAGGAGGCACGUAUCAGCUACAGAAGGGGUAGUGGAGGAGGACGGCGAUCGUUGGACGAAAUUACCGAUAGAAACAAUGGUCUCUGAUACCAAAACAGGUGCCUUAUGUACUGAGUACACGCUUACAGACCAGGAUGUGCCAACUGAGUCUGAACAGAUGUCAACAGAGGCAAUAGAGGAUAAGUCUACAACACCAGGACAACCAGAACUCGUGAAGGCAGAGGACGAAUACCAAUGUGGAGUUGUUCCGUCAGGUUAUGACACAGAUGAGAAGCUACAAGAAGCACAAAGUGCUGCGACAGAUGUCACACCCAAAACUAUGGAACCGGACCUGGACGACCCGUCGUCACCCGAAGUCGAGCCGCUAAGCCCGUAUAAACCGGUAAGGCCGACGCACAAGCCGGUGACCAAGGUGACAGAGAAGUCUCCCCAGACUAAAUUCUUUCCACGGAAGAGCGACAGUUCCUCCGAGAGCUCGAGGCUAUCCUCUUCCGAAAUCGAGCCGGUCACCCCGGAAAGUCCAACGUCCCCACCGUACAAAGCCGUGGUUGUCUGGAGGUCGCGGGAAGAGAUCCUGUCCCCGCGGAUCAGCUCUGUUGUCAUCCCGCUCCCGUGGUCUCCACUGCCGCAGUCCCCAACAAGGAGCCGUCAGUUGAACAGGCAAAAAGCCACGAAGAGAGAACAGGGCUUGGUUGAAGGAACAACGAUAUUUGAAGAAGACCCGGGUAUGACAAAGCUUGUAAACGUCGUGGAUAUUCCAGCACGAGAGGAAGUCGCUCUUUCCACUGCCUUUGUUCCUUCUCAACCUCCAGACCAUGGAGAUGUUGAUAACGAGUUGAACAGGCAAAGGGCGGCCGCAGGGGAACCAGGCUGGGUUGAAGAAGCCACAUCAUUUGAAGCAGACCCGAGUAUGACAAAGGUUGCUAAUGUUGCUGAUGUCUCUCCACACGAAGAUGUUGCUCUUGCCGCUGCGUUUGUGUCAUCUCAACCACCUCAACAAAGAGAUGGUGACAACGAAGGGGAUGUAUUCUACGAUGCACCUGACACUGCAUCAUCGGAGCAGCCAGUGAAACAGAAGCCCGCACGACAGUCGAAGAUCCCCACAUUUCAAUCAAAGAGUCCUCCUCAUUCAGCAAAGCCAGAUGAAGGUUUGACUGAGCAACAAAGUCCCGAUCAACCACAGCCAGAACAUUCAACGGGUCCCUUCCAACAGUCUCCUAGUCCGUCAAAGAUUCCCAUAGGUCCAAGUACACUGCCCACUUCUCCAAGGAAGAGGGUAGACAGCCCGCCUCCACCGCCUAACACACCGAAGAGUCCGAUAAGAAAGUCGACAAGCCCAUCAAAAAUGCCCAGCGCAGCAAAGCCAUCGGGUAUUCCAACACUGAAAACACCGUUGAAAGAUUACGGAAGUCCUCUAAGGGCCUCAUCUCCUACAGACAACGAGAAAGAUGCUACUGAAGUAUCAGAAGACGUUCCCCAAACCGAGAAGGAUGAAAGAGAACCUGGAAAUGAGAAGGAAGGACAAGAUGUGGAGAUGGUGAAGGAUGAGGAAGUUCAUGGUGUAGCAAAUCUGCAAAAGCCAGACCAGCUGAGAGACAACCAAGGAGAUCCUGAUUCAGUGGACGACCAGACGAAGGAGUCAGAGGAUGAAAGGCAAGGAUACGAAAUACCAGAGGAUCUAGAGCGGAUAGACGAAGAGGACGAGUCGUCCAGAAGCGAAAGGGGUUACUAUGGAGACGAUGAUGCUGAGAGUGACAUGUCAGAGGGUAAAGGUUGGAGGGGGAGAGUCCUGACAAAACGCAGCAGCAAGGAAGACCUACUCACAACAGAAGAAGAAUCCGAGGAAGAUGUCAAGGCGGCCAGUCAAAGGAGGCUUCCACCCAAAACCCUUGCUCUGGAUACUUCCAGUACGCCAACUAGGUGGCCAACAUGGCCAUCUCCUAUGUCACCAGCGGACAAAGCGUUGUUACUAUGGAAACCGAGAGAAGACAUUCUUUCCCCGAAGCCGGGAUCCAUCGUCAUCCCGUUGCCAUGGAGCCCCACCCGGAGACCCCCCACCCCAAUGACUCCCAAAAGCCGGAAAAGGUUCCAUCCUCCCCUCAGACAACUGCAGAAGGUCCUGAAGGAGAACACCCUGGAUGUGGGACCUCUGCCCGCCUGGUCAUACCUGGGCGUCUCGGUCAUCCCCGUCACAACUAGCUGCAUUGUCACAGGAUUCGUGUUGUCGGAAGACUCCCGGCGCAGUGAGGACCCUUCCCCUGUGGAGGUACAGGUGCACGAGGUAUCGGCCCACACGGAGGACGACAGCUGGGUCAUGGUGGAGGAAAGCGAUGACGACAUGGCAGAGCUUGGUGCCGCGGGAUACACAGACCGUGAGCAAGAUAAAGAAGCGUUUGUGACGUUGGUGACCAAUGACAGCUACUCGUUUGGUGCGCUGGUGCUGGGCCAGUCCCUCAGAGCCGUGCACACCACCCGGAAACUGGCCAUACUGGUGACUCCGCUGGUCUCUGACAGUAUCAGGGAACAGCUGGGUAAGGUGUAUGAUGAUGUACAUGUGGUGGAUGUAGUGGACAGUGGAGACACGGAGAAACUGGCGCUCCUGUCCAGGCCUGAACUGGGCAUCACCUUCACCAAACUGCACUGCUGGAGACUCACCAACUACACUAAGGCAGUCUUCCUGGAUGCUGACACAUUGGUACUGAGGAAUGUUGACGACCUGUUUGACAAGGAGGAGUUGUCAGCCGUGCCUGAUAUCGGCUGGCCGGACUGUUUCAACUCCGGAGUGUUUGUGUUCCGUCCGUCAGAGGACACCUACCAGGCACUGCUGCAGUGUGCCACUACAACAGGCAGCUUUGAUGGGGGAGACCAGGGCCUGUUGAACACCUUCUUCAGUGACUGGGGAACUAAAGACAUCUCUCGUCACCUGUCUUUCCUGUACAACAUGACAUCUACUAUACACUACUCCUACCUACCUGCCUUUAAUAGAUUUGGAGGUGAGGUGAAAAUAGUCCAUUUCAUCGGCCCCAUCAAGCCGUGGCACCACCAGUACAACACAAGUUCGGGCACGGUGAAGCCCCACCCUAACCAGGACUCCUCCCUCCCCCUGCACCACAUGGACUUUCUCCAGGCCUGGUGGGAUGUCUUCAUGAACAGGGUCAAACCAUUGCUGGAGGGGCAGGGACAGAUCCUCUCUGGUGACCAUGCGGAUGAUACCCAGGAUAGAGUCCCGGAUAGGAUUCCGCUGCCACAAAGUCCACGCUUUCCUCCAUGGCAUCCGCCAACCCCUCCCACAGAACAUUUCACACCAGUGCAUGAUGGGAAUGAGGACACGGAUAGGAACUUUGACCCCCCUCACGUGCCUCACUGGCAGCACGAACCACACGAUAGCCCAGAUUCUGAAGUAGAGGAUGAUGGGAUAGAAGAGCCAGAGCACCAUGGGGAUGAAUUUGAGGAGGAUCAUGGGAUAGAAGAGCCAGAGGAUCAUGGGAUAGAAGAGCCAGAGGAUCAUGGGAUAGAAGAGCCAGAGGAUCAUGGGAUAGAAGAGCCAGAGGAUCAUGGGAAUGAUUUUAAAGAGGAUCAUGAGAUAAACGAGCCCGAGCACCAUGGGAAUGAAUUUGAGGAUCCGUCCCAGUCUGAGUGUUUAUCCCUAGAGGGAGAUGAGAGUACAGAGUCUGAGUCGACGUUAUGUGAAACACCUGUAGACACGUCCGGAGUGUCUUCCCUCGGGGACAAUGCUGAGGACAUUACCAGCCAGUUGGCCCAGCUACAAGUGCAGAGCGUGGAAAGGCCCGCGUACGUGUCGUCAGAGGACCACCGACGGGCCUGGGAGCGAGGGGAGAUUGAUUUCACUGGUUUGGACCGCUUUGAGAACAUCCAGAAGAAACUUGACGCUCAGAUGAAGACUUAGGUUUAUAUUUCUAUGACAGAAUGUUCCCACUGCAACAGCAUAAGUAUAUAGUUGAAAGGAAACAAACUCCCCUGAAAUUGCAAUAUUGUAACCAAAAUGUUUUGUAAACAAUUCUACUAAGACAAAUUAAGUGAUGUUGGAGAAAAUUGCCCAACGUUUAUUCUUGAAAUUAUCAUAUUAUUGUACUUCCUGAAAAGAAACCUUUGUCUACAUCUAAGCGCAGCAUUAGACUGAUCCCAGCUGUCAAUCAAAGUUAGUAGUUCAGCCAAUAAGAGAGUGGCUGUACUAUUUGUUAUGCAUCCGUGUGUACAUUUCAUCUGAAAUGGGCUAUGGGUCUAUAUAGGGGGCUUCCCUACAAUCGUUAUGACGUUUUAAGAUUUUACCUUCCAAACAACUGGUCCUGAAGGCAAAAGAGCUUCCUUAUUACUAAAAUUCCCUGGCAGGCUUUAUUUUCAUAUGUUAUUCUAAUCUGACUCUGUCUACUGUCACUGGCAUUAUUAUUCUAUGAGAAUAGGAACAAUUUCUUGUCACACUCUCAUGAACAAAUGUCCUCAGUCUUGGGCAUCCUUGCUCAAUACUUGCAAAGAAACAGACAACUUGAGAAUUAUCCAAUAGGGUAACCAUGGCAUAUUAUGUGUAAUGGGUUAAGAAUGGUGUUGCAAGCUGAUUACCAUCCAAACAUUCAUAGUACCAAUAGUCUCAACACUCAGGUUUUUCUUUCCUACACAACUUUGCAGAGAAUAUUUCAGCCCACACUCAACAUCAGGGCUUUUAUACUGUACUGUCUUUUGCAUGAUACUGAAGUGAUGAUCCAAUGGUGCUCAAUAGAUAGCCUAAAUGUUACACAUUUAAGUACAACAAGGCAAGCAGUGAUGGCAGAUUAGAAAAACAGCACUGAAAAUGUAUGGCAAUACUGCAUUAUUUGUGUAUUCUGAAUUACAUACAAGCUGAAAACAAUACCGCACUUCUUGGGGUAAAGUAGUGAACAUUUUGCCAUCAAUAAUUAAAAUGACUAGUGCUACAUUUAGUGUCUCACAAUCCUCAUUUUGUGCAUGUAUAAUUAUCAGUAUUGUUGACUCAAUAUUUUAGUAACCCCAUAUAUAGUGUGUAAAUGUACAAAUGAAACAACUGGCCAGUAUUACUACUUCUCCUACAAUAUAUAUUCUGUGUAGCUUCUUAAUAUCAAUUCUUCCAUUGCUGCCCUGAGAAAGUGUUUGUACAAGAAGAAGAAAAACACUCAGAGCCCACGUCCAAGAGGAAAAAUGAAACACUUGAAAUAUGCCUAGUAUGAAUAUUUUUGUACAUCUUCCCUGUCCUUUGUUGACAAAUUAACAUCAUGAUGUAUAUUAUAAGAUCAGAAUUAAAUUCUUAUGAAUUUCAUAGGGGAAGAUAUUGGCAAUUCCAUACAUCUACUGUAUUAUAUUUUUUCUGCCUUUAGGCAUAAGUUCUAUUCAUACAAUACUCUUUUGUCAACUGAAAUGAGAAUGAUAAACCAAUAAUUGAUUUUGCUCUAUUUGAGAAGCAAGAAACAUAGAACUUAAAGAAAAUGUUUAUACUUUAAACUCUUGAUGAAGAGGAUGUCACAACUGAAGAAGAUAAGAAAACGGAAGAAGUAAACGUAAUUACGUAAGAAAACACACCAAACUGACUAAUUUGAGAAAUUCAAUAUAAAUGAACAAUAAGAUAUGAUUAUCUUUAAGAGCCAUCACAUUAAUCUCUUUAGUUGGUGGAUUUGUCAGUGGAGGUUUAUCAAUAUUGAUAAAUAGGUAGGCUAUGGCUUUUCUGAAAGUGAUGAUUUUUAUGUAUAUUCUUAUGCUGUCAUAAUAUAUGUAUAAUCCAUAAUUGAACACUUUGAGGUUACAUUGUCUAUAGCUUAAUUUGCUGCUAGUUAUUCAGAUUGUAUGGCAUUUUUAGUAUCCUACACGCUCCUGGCAUUAUACUAAAUUGGAUUUAAUGGUCUUUUCCUUUAGUGGAGAAAUUAAAUUACAAGAAAAUGCAAUAUGUGUACUACAGACCUAGGCAUAUAUUUGUACCCAUUUCCAAUGUUACGCAAAAUGAAUAGUUAAUAAAUGUUGUAAACGGAGGUCUUGAAAGUUUUCACUUGAGUCUAGAAGUUGAAGUAUGAUAACACUCCCACAAUAGGAUUUUAUGUUAAUUAGACAAUUUAGUCUUUGACAUCUUGUCGUUAUUAAGCAUUACUUUAGGUUUUUACCAAACCUAAUGAAUACAAUGUCGCAAAGCCUCCUCCAUAAGUACAGCACAUAUCUUGCCACCUCCUUUUUCAUGGCACACUUGGUACUCUCUGUUCUUCUAUGCAUAAAUAUUACACAGAAACAAAGAUUUUUUCUCUCGUUUUGCUCACUAAAAUUUUUUAGUUAAAACAAGACAAUUCUGUAGAAAUUGAUGGUGCUAGCAUGAACAACAAUUUACAAAGGAAAAUGAGAAGUAAAGGUUGAUGGGCUUGGAGGUGAAACACUACUUUGUGUAGUUAAGCUGGGCCUUGAGCAAAGUGAAUACUAUCCAUGUGUUAGAUAUUGGAGUGGGUUUGAGUUGAUGUGACAAAAUAACCGAGACUGCUACGAGGAAAGCUUUACAAAUGAACCUAUUGAUACAAAUGACUUUGAAAAUGCAUUAAGUGUGUUGGUAAUGAUAGUUUAUCUUUGUGGUAGCCUAUGUCUUGUUUCCAAAAUCAGUAUUUAGGGAUAUGAAGUUGAUGUACGUUAGUUUCAGUCCGCAACAUUUUGAAAAUAGUGCUGCUCUGAACUACUCCAUCAACUCAAUAAUUUAAAACAAUGGAUAUAGGUUACCACGCGGAUAAAGAUGAACCAGCAUUGUACCCAUCAAGCUGGUAAUCAAAUUAAUCCUUACUUUGCAAUGUGAUCUGGACUGCUGCAAGGUCCCAAUGAAAUUUGAUAAUUGAAAUGUGUCACUGUUUAAAUAGCUAGAGCUGCAACUGAAGCUUACAUGUAUGUAAUGAGGAUAUAGUUUAAAGGAACUGCUGCUUUGUAGCUACCGGAUGUGUAGAGGCCAGUGGUAGUCAUUUAUUUAUACUAGAAAUGUACUGGUUUUGGCUGAAUCUGUGGCAAAAAAAUUUAUUAAAUGAUUUGCAAUGGAAGAGACUUGAUCACAAUCAAAA